ACCAUCGCACUUUCCUUGAAGAUUCCACACCUGUAAUCUCCAUAGCAGUGACUUGCAACAAUUUAUUCCUUAACAGUGCCUAUUGGCUUCAAUAUACAGAAAGGUUUCCUUAUAAGUUACCAUAUCCAACUACACCAUCCUCUCAUCGUUGAUUGACGGGGCUGCUCGCAUUGAGAGAAAUAUUAUAUCCACGGUAUCAUCAGACAUUAUGAUUCGAUAUAAACCCACCCGUGUUACACUUGAGGAGAGUGAUGUCCACGAUUGUCUGGAAAGAUUGCUCUUGCGGCAUACUAGGUUCGUUGAACGGCAGGAGCAAGAUACAGAUCAGAGCGACAGUGAGAACAACAAGAGUGCAUCUGUAGACUCGAAUAGCUUCUCUCCAUAUGCAUACUCUGAUGAGUCCAGCCGUGAUAAAGAUUUGCAUUCACUGUUCAGCGAGAGCCCAUCACAUGAAAGCUGGCACAGAAAUCGCCGUUUUUCCUCUGUAUCCCCAUCCAUUGAGGCGCAUAGCCUAUCUCUAUCUGAAGAAUCACAAUGGGGCGGUAUGACCUAUAAAAACCAAUCAUCAUCACUAACUAUUGCAGCUGUGGAGAGACCAGAUCCGCUGGUUGCAAUCGAGGAUUACCAAUCCUUUGUUAACACUGGUUAUCUUGGGGUAGGGUCAUUGUUAAAAGGCAUUCACUGGCAAUCUCCUGUCAAGCCACUAGUGGCAUGCUGUGCCGAACCGCUAUAUCAUUCACUGAAGGCACACUCUCUGUUCUCGGCCUUAUCAAGAAAGUCCCUAUCGCGAUGGGAAAACUCCAUCAACACAGCAUGGGAAAAGGUGAAACAGUUCUUUGUGGCCUCUGGAGAUCACACCACUUCAGAACACUCCCUGUGUUAUUACCCACAAGAAACAAAUAUCUCUGAUAUGACUCUUCCUGCAGUUUUCUCAGCACACAGAAUUCUGGCCGAUAACAACUCCUACCUAGGCGAGGGGAACACAACUGGUACUUGAAAGCAACCCCCCUCCCUCCUUCCGAUGUGCGUGACUGAAACGUGCUACUAAGGUGAUUGAUAGACAACACAGGACAUGCCCAAACCCUGUCCAAAUCAGGAAGCCCUGACGCCGA